AUGCAACAUUGCUACUAUUACUUUGGAGGCUUAAGCAAAAUAAAAAUACAUAAAGCCAUUGGCGUCGAUUUCCAACCGGCUACCCUCACGUGCGGUUUCCAUCCAUCACCGGCGACAGCCACAGGCCUCUAUGGGAAAGUGAGUUCUACGGGCAAUGGGCCGUGCAAUGGGAAUCGUGACAGGAAUCGAAUAGUACACGUGAGGAACGUAAACAGCAUGGAUUUCCUCUGGUGUUGUAUAGUUUUCGGAUUCGCUCUCAUCACCAGUAUAGAGCCAGUGAGGGGAACUGCUGAAGUAUUGAGCCACGUAACAGCCCACUUUGGGCGGUCUUUGGAAGAAUGCCGUGAAGAGUCAGGACUAACAAAGGAGGUGAUGGAGGAGUUCAAGCAUUUCUGGAGCGAAGACUUCGAGGUGGUGCACAGGGAGCUGGGCUGUGCGCUCAUCUGCAUGUCCAACAAGUUCUCGCUGCUGCAGGACGACGCUCGCAUGCACCACAUGAACAUGCACGACUACAUAUUGAGCUUUCCUAGUGGUGACGUACUGUCGACGAAAAUGGUGAACAUGAUCCACAAGUGCGAGCAACAGUACGACGGUGUGGUCGACGACUGUUCGCGUGUGGUGAAGGUGGCCGCCUGUUUCAAGAAGGACGCUAAAAAGGAGGGCAUAGCUCCGGAGGUCACCAUGAUAGAGGCCGUCUUAGAGAAGUACAAACAAGGAGAACCGAGUAGU